AAAGACUGGAAAUUUCAGUAAAGAGGUUACGGGGAAAUAAUUGCUAAGAAGAAUUAAUCAUAUCUUGCACCGCUCUUGGUGUUAUGACUUCCAACUGGGGGGGGAACUUAGUUUAGUCGAGUUGUACCUGUUGCCAAGGCAAUCAUGCUUUCGAUUUACUUACAUGGAAGCCAUGGAUAGGUGGAUUAAUCUAUUAUUAUGCGGACUAAAGAAAAACGUGGUUCGCAGACAGUCAAUUUAAGUUUGUUGCUGCUGGGGGAAAAAAAACAUGUAAUUGACAAUCAUGUUGCUACUGAUGAAAACGUAGACUUAAUUUUUUGCAGAUUAACUGUUUCCCUCUGACAGUUGAGUUGGAAGCUUUCACAUAUGAUUUUGUCAUCGGUUUGGUUUGUACUAGUACGUGCUGUGAAUCAAUUAAAUCCGUCCGUGCAUCAUUGUAACACCAAUUUGUUCGACUAGCAAAGUGUUUAGUCUUUUUUUUUUUUUUUUUAUAAAAAUGCAUCAAUAAAGUUGGCAUCACUUAACCGCUUUAAUGUCUCCUUAUUUUGAAACGGUCGAUGUUUUCUGUUGCAUGUCACGACCGGCGCAGUGUGCGCGAGCCUUUCUGUGUGUCAUGUCCACGCUGCAGUACACGCGUCAAGUUGGGGGGCUUCGAGUUUGCUUGCGGCACUACGUCACGUUGACGCGUGCCGUUUCUGACCGGGAACAAGUGUGGUUGCGGCGCGCGCCUCCGUCUGAUAGGCCCGCGCGUAGUCCGACGCGAUAAGGGUUUGGUUGCGCUGCGCUCUAUGAGAGUGAGGGGGCCGGCAGUGGGAAGCUGCCUGCGCCGGUUUGGGCCGGUCGUCUCCUGCUCCGGUCUGCUUGUGAUUGACAGCCCGGCAGUUGUUUACCAGAGUCGGCGGUGCUGCUGCUGCUGUUCUAGUGAAUGGUGGCGGGGGGAUGGGGGGUGCUGAGGAGGCAGAAUAGGCAGAACGAUGACAACUCUGAGGAAAGUCUCGCCACCAUCCUUUCAGGAAGACACGAGUUUGCGUUCAGUCUUGAGCUUCCACAAACACCGCUGGCUACCUCCUUUGAAGGGAAACACGGCAGCGUGCGCUACUGGGUCAAAGCCGAGCUUCACAGGCCGUGGCUGCUGCCUAUGAAGGUGAAGAAGGAAUUCACGGUCUUUGAACACAUCGACAUCAACACUCCCUUAUUGCUGUCCCCACAGGCAGGCACAAAAGACAAGACUCUUUGUUGCUGGUUUUGCACCUCAGGCCCCAUUUCCUUAAGUGCCAAAAUUGAAAGGAAGGGCUACACCCCAGGAGAGUCGAUUCAGAUCUUUGCUGAAAUUGAAAACUGCUCCUCUCGUAUGGUUAUGCCAAAGGCAGCCAUUUACCAAACACAGACCUUCUACGCCAAAGGGAAGAUGAAGGAGGUGAAGCAGUUGGUCGCUAACAUUCGGGGGGAGUCACUUUCUUCAGGCAAGACUGAAACGUGGAAUGGAAAGAUGCUGAAAAUCCCUCCGGUCUCACCUUCCAUCCUCGACUGCAGCCUUAUCAGAGUAGAGUACUCAUUGAUGGUGUAUGUUGACAUCCCAGGAUCCAUGAAUCUGUCUCUCGUCUUGCCGCUAGUCAUCGGGACUAUUCCCCUGCACCCGUUCGGCAGCCGUACUUCAAGCGUGAGCAGCCAGUGCAGCAUGUCCAUGAACUGGCUUGGCAUUGCCCUUCCUGAGAGGCCUGAAGCACCUCCAAAUUAUGCAGAGAUUGUCACGGAGGAGCAGCGACGGACAGGCUUGGAGGGGCCCACGGCUCGAGACGAGUAUGAAGGACCACUGUUUGCCUAUAUUCAGGAGUUCCGCUUUCAGCCUCCCCCGCUCUACUCUGAGAUUGACCCAAAUCCAGAUCAAGUGAGUAGAGCUGGGGAGAGGAGGCUUGACACAUGUCCAUCGCGGUGAAGUGUCCGCCUGCAAUUCCCAGGCUUCGACUUUUUCUUUUUUUUUUCUCCCCCCCCCCCCAAAAUUGGCAUCCUCUGCCUGCUGACAACAUUGAGAAGUUCAUAAGUGAGUUGCAAAGGUGGAUGAGCCUCCCCCAGAGAGACAGAGAAGGAGUCUCCAAAGAAGACUUUCCUGUUUGCUGGGACGAAUGAAUGGAAGCGCGCACCCUUUCAACUUCACACGUGUGACUGCAACAGAUGUCAGACUAGUGUACUUGGGUUUUUCCUCCCUGCUUGUCCUGUAGACGUGGUGCAUGACUCUUGCGGAGCGGAACUCUCGCGCAGAAGAGUAAGAUGGUAGAACUGACUAUCAGAAGAGCUCAGUUCAUGAAGCCAGCAAUGGAGUAAAGACUACUUUCUUCCUGCCUCAUUUAGAAUUUUUGCACAUUUUAUUCUUUGCUUGUAUUGUGGUGUUUUAUGUUAAAAAAACUAAGUAUUGUUGGCUUUUUUUUUCUCCUCCUGUCGCUCAGAAGUCCACAAAAGACCACAGUGCUAUAUGGAAGAUUAAUCUUGUUAGCACAACAAUUAAUAAUGAAGAGAACAGAGGGGAAUUUAAAAAAAAGAAAAAAAUGCACUGAGCCAGUGGAAUCUGUUAGAUUUUAUUAGCUUUCAUAAUGAAGAAAGGCUGCAUGGAGUCUGCAUAGCACAAGCACAUGUUCCUCAGGCUCCAACAGCAUCAGUUGCUCAGCUUCAGUCUUUUUAUUCUUUUUCUGUUGCAAACAUAGAAUGCCUUCAGGCAAGACUUCAUUUGCUUAAUUUUUUUUUUUUUUUUUUUUUUUUUUUGCAUAGC